CGGAGCUAGAGUAGACAUAGACGUAGAGAAGUAGUCUUUUUUUAUUUAGUUUCAGUGAAUCUUUUCGGUUGAGUGUUAAUGGAGCAAGUGAAUUAAGACUGCUGACAGAUUCUCUCUCCUCUCGCCCAUGACACCAACUCCUGGAUUUUAAGAUUUCCGGAGAAUGGUAAAUGAUCGAUGGAAAAUCAUGAACAGCGUUUCAGAACUCGAAGAUGGACAGCAACAUAAGCAGAGGAUGAGCUGCAGCUACCUCCUGUGCACCAUCCUGCUGUUCGGAGCCGUCCUAUUGGCCAUCACGGUGACGGGCACCAUCCUGCUGAUGAAUCACUACCAGGCCCCGCCCCUCGGCCCCGACGGACAGGCCCCGCCUCUCAUCAGCACCAAUCAGGACGAGGGCGACGCCCUGGUCAGCAUCGAGCGCGGCGACGGCUCGCGCAUCAACGUCUUCAUCGACCCCAACUGCCCCGACUACAACGCCAACUUCCUGCGGCUGGAGGGCGUCCAGACGUCGCUGCUGCACUCGCUCACUGACCACGACUCGGACCUGAAGUCGGUGAAGGGGCAGGACCGCGCGCUAUUGGUCCAGCUGGCCGAGGAGGUGGCCAAACUCUCCGCCCACUCCACCCAGCUCAAGAUGGAGUACGAGGGCCUGAGGAGGGGCCAGAGCAGCAUCGGCCUGGAGCUCAGCGGCCUGCAGAGUGACCAGCAGAGACUCAUACAGCUCCUGUCUGAGUCCCAGGUGAACAUGGUGAAGGUGGUGAACUCUGUGAGUGAGGCGCUGAGCUCCAUGCAGAAGGAGACGGGCAGCAUCAAGAGCCGCCUGAAGGCCGACCUGCAGAGGGCGCCCAUACGCAUCCCCCGCCCCAAGGGAUGCGCCAGCGGAGAGGGUGCGCGGCCGCGGGACUGCAGUGAUAUCUAUGGGAGUGGCCAGAGGGAGGAUGGAAUCUACUCGGUGUUCCCCGUCCACUUCCCCGCCGGCUUCCAGGUCUACUGCGACAUGAGCACCGACGGAGGCGGAUGGACCGUGAUUCAGCGGCGGGAGGACGGCUCAGUGAACUUCUUCCGGGACUGGGAGGCGUACCGUGAGGGCUUCGGCAAGAUCACCGGAGAGCAUUGGCUAGGUAUGAAGCGGAUCCACGCUCUGACGGUGCAGGCUAACUACGAGCUGCGUGUGGACCUGGAGGACUUUGAGAACAGCACAUCCUUCGCCCAGUACGGCUCGUUCGGCGUGGGCCUCUUCUCCGUGGACGCAGACGAGGACGGGUACCCCCUGACCGUCUCCGACUACUCCGGCACCGCCGGUGACUCUCUGCUCAAGCACAACGGCAUGAAGUUCACCACCAAGGACGUGGACAACGACCACUCGGAGAACAACUGCGCCGCGUUCUACCAGGGCGCCUGGUGGUACCGCAACUGCCACACGUCCAACCUGAACGGCCAGUACCUGCGCGGCCAGCACACCUCCUACGCCGACGGCAUCGAGUGGUCGUCCUGGACCGGCUGGCAGUACUCGCUCAAGUUCACCGAGAUGAAGAUCCGCCCCACGCGGGAGGACAACCAGUGAGCUGCCCGACCGCUGACCA